AUGUGUGGCAUGAAGGCAUCUAUGCCAUACCACACAUGUGAAGGUCAGGGACCACUUGGAGGAGCUGGUUCUGUCCUUCUGCCUUUGCGUGGAUUCCAAAGGCUGAGCUUGGAUGAGUCUUGCACAUCAAGUGCUCUAUCUACUGAGCCAUCUCAUUCAUCUCACUUUAAUCAGCUUAACUGUAGUUACUCAAGCACAUCACAGGUGCUGCUGUCUGUUUGCCCUUUGAUGUCUGUGGCAUGUGUGUCAGCAUCAUUGACUUCAUUUCUGCUGUUUGUAAUCAGCAUGCUUGCCAAUUUGGUGGCUUAUGUCAUUACAAUUGAUGGGAAAUCCCACUCUCUGCAUCUCAGGAAAUACUCAUUCUUAUCCCAGGACUUUUUGGUUUAUACUUAUAACGAAAAUGGAUCUUUGUAUACUGACUCUUCACACAUUACGACACAUUGCCAUUACCAAGGGUAUGUUGAUGAAUUUCCAAAUUCCACUGUGACACUCAACAUCUGCUCUGGCCUCAGGGGAUUCCUACAGUUUGAAAAUAUCACCUAUGGAAUUGAACCACUGGAAUCUUCAGCAAGAUUUGAGCACAUAGUUUAUCAAGUGAAAAAUGGCAAUUCAACGUUAGCAAAAAAUUACAGUCGUAUUUGGCAAACAGACCAGCUCGAUAAAGGUCAUUUCAAUGCACAGGAUAAAAAUGAUUCACAACUAUUACCUCAAAGUCUAAAACUGCACAUGAUAGUGGGAAAAUCUUCGUAUGAUUAUAUGGGAUCAGACAUUAUGGCUGUAACACAGAAAAUUUUCCAGAUUAUUGAGCUUGUCAACACAAUGGUUACUCAGCUGGAAUUGACGGUUGUUUUAGCCUCCUUGGAACUGUGGUCAGAUAAAAAUCAAAUUUCUACUGAUGGAGAUGCUAAUGACAUUUUACAAAGACUUUUGGACUGGAAACGAGACUAUCUUACCCUACAGUCCCAUGAGAUAACACACUUACUCAUUUACAGGAAACAUCCAAAAAAUAUUGGAGCAACAUCACCGGGUGAAAUAUGCAAUAAAAGCUAUGUUGCGGGUAUUGUCAUGUAUCCAGAAGACAUAGGUUUGGAGGGAUUGUCGGUAGUUAUCACUCAACUGAUUGGCCUUCAAAUAGGAUUAUCAUAUGAUGAUGUCAAUAAUUGUUCCUGUCCCAAAGCUCCAUGCAUAAUGCAACAGGGAGCCGUGAGUUCCAGUGGGGUGAAGACUUUUAGCAACUGUAGCAUGCAUGACUACAAGCACUACGCUUCAACAUUUAUUGAGCGAUGUCUCGGUAACCUUUCGAAUGUGCAAGAGUUACAACAGAGUCAGCCCGUGUGUGGUGAUGGAAUUGUGGGAGCUAAUGAGGAGUGUGACUGUGGCAACGACACGGAAUGCCAGUUUAAAGAGUGCUGCAACUCUGAAACGUGCAGGCUGAAAGCCUCUGCCAAGUGUGGCUCUGGGCGCUGCUGCACGCCAAGCUGUGAGCUGUCACCAGCAGGCACUCCCUGUAGGAAGGCUGUUGACCCAGAGUGUGACUUCACAGAAUAUUGCAAUGGAUCCUCUAACCACUGUGUUCCUGACACCUUUGCGCUGAACGGCCAUUUGUGCAGGCUGGGAUCUGCGUACUGUUACAACGGACAGUGCCAAGCUCUCCAUGACCAGUGUGUCAGUUUAUUUGGAAAAGGUUCUCAAGGCGCCUCCUAUGCCUGUUUUGAAAAAGUUAAUUCACCACGAGAAAAGCUGGCAAGCUGUGGUUUUAAAAAUUCAUCCCCAUGUGGACAAAAGGAUGUUCUCUGUGGGAAAUUAGCUUGCUUUCAGCCACACAAGAAUCAAAAAAGCACAGCCCGGUCCGUGGUAUAUUCGUACGUCCAUAACAGCGUGUGCCUGUCCAUGCCUCCUGGCUUAUCUAUGAGGUCAGACGGCAGAGAUUAUGCGUUUGUGGCUGAUGGCACUGUGUGUGGACCCCAGAUGUAUUGCAUAAACAGAACUUGCCAAGAAGUUGAUCUAACAAGAAAUGACUGUAAUGCCACUAAGAAGUGCAAAGGGAAUGGGAUAUGUAAUAACUUUGAAUGCCAAUGCUUUCCUGACUACACUCCAGACUGUAAAUUACAGAUUGGGUCACCAGGCGGCAGCAUCGACGAUGGAACAUUCUCAGAUCAGUUUGUACAGCGCAGAGCAGUACACGGCUAUAACAACACGCAGGCAUCUGGAGCAGGAGGAGUGCCCGAGUCUGAGGCUAGCCUGGGCCUAAAGGGGAAGACCCCAUCUGUGAAGUCUGGACAGGAACUCAAUCAGGGCAAGAACCUGGAGGCAGGAGCUGAUACGGAAGGCCAUGGGGGUUGCUAUUUGCUGGCUUGCUCUCCUGGCUUGCUUCAGUUCCUUUCCAAUAAACCCCAGGACUACCACCUGCCUGGAGUUGCACCCACCGGCUUACAUCAUGCUGCCCAUGAGCCUAUUGUAACAGAUGCCCGCAAGAUGCAGGCUCUUAAAGUCUGGCACACAAAGAGCAGGAGGCCUCCGGUGGUACCGCUGUCUGUCAGUAUCGCUGGAAGUCAGGUGCCCCUUGAAGACCCAUUGGAACUGUUGGCACCACUGCUGCUUGGGUGGGGAUCUGAACUGUGCCCACUCCAGUGUCCACACUACCAACUGAGCUACACCUCCAAUUCCAUCCCUGUGCACCAAACUUUAUCUUUGGAGAAUUUGGGAAAGGGAACAUUCACCAUCAUCUGGCCACCACCAUGCACACCAGUCCUCACACCAACACCCACACCAGUAUCAACACCAAUACCCAUACCAGUCCCCACACCAACACCAACACCCACACCAACACCCACACCACCACACCCACCAGACCCCACACCAACACCCGCACCAGUAUCAACACCAACUUUUUGA